AUGAGUGACAAGAUCCCCUCGUGGAAUAUCGUCCACAAGCUGGAGAAGCGUCAGCUUCUCAUUGGCAUCAACUGUGUCGCUGGCCUAUCUAUUCUGUUCUUCGGUUAUGACCAAGGAAUGAUGGCCGGUGUCAACAAUGCGAAGGACUAUAUCGAUCGCAUGGGAUUCGGUUACACUAAGAUGGUGGACGGCGAGCAUACCCCGGUGGUUACAAAUUCCCUGCUACAGGGUGGUAUUGUGUCGGUGUAUUACCUGGGAACGCUUUUCGGCGCCUUGUUCGGUGGCUGGCUCGGAGACCGGAUGGGAAGAAUCAAGACCAUCGCGGCUGGUGCUAUGUGGGCUAUCUUGGGUGCGGCCCUACAGUGCUCGGCCAUGAACCACAACUGGAUGAUUUGCGCGCGUUUCAUUAACGGUAUUGGAACCGGUAUCUUGAAUGCUAUCAUUCCCGUCUGGGCUACCGAGACGGCUGAACAUACUUCUCGCGGACAAUUCAUUGCCAUUGAGUUCACUUUGAAUAUCUUUGGUGUUGUCUUGGCUUAUUGGUUGGAGUUUGGCCUAUCCUUCAUCGACAAUGGAGAAUCAGCCUUCCGCUGGAGAUUCCCCAUCGCAUUCCAGAUCAUCUUCCUGAUCAUUCUCUUCUCGGUCGUCUGGAUUUUCCCAGAGUCUCCCCGAUGGCUCGUCAAGGUCGGCCGGGAGGACGAGGCCCGGUACGUUCUACAGCGCCUGCGUGGGUCUAGCGGAGAGGAUCUCAUCCGCGCCGAAGCCGAGUUCCAGGAUAUUCUGAGCAUCGCCGAGCUGGAGCGGACAAUGAACCACGGAGACUCCUAUCUGUCGAUGCUGUUUGGAUACAAAUCCGGGGAUCUCCACAUCGGCCGCCGCGUACAGCUGGUCAUUUGGCUACAGAUCAUGCAGGAAUGGGUUGGUAUCGCCGGUGUCACCGUGUACGCACCGACCAUCUUCGGUAUUGCUGGGUUUGACUCGAUGAAGAGUCAAUGGAUCAGUGGUUUGAACAAUAUCUUCUACAUGUUCGCUACACUGGUCUGUGUCUUUACUCUCGAUCGCAUCGGUCGCCGCUGGACCCUGUACUGGGGUGCAGUUGUCCAGGGCAUUGCCAUGUUCCUUGCCGGUGGCUUUUCCCGCCUCGCAAUCGAUAACAAGGCAGCGGGUGACAUGGGCAAGGCCUCCUCGUACGGUGCAGCAGCAGCAUCGAUGAUCUUUAUUUUCACCUCUGCAUUCGGCGCAUCGUGGCUCACCGUUCCUUGGGUAUACCCAGCCGAAAUUUUCCCGCUGGCCGUGCGCGCACGAGGAAACGCCUUCGGUGUCGUCGGAUGGAGUAUUGGAAACGGAUGGCUGACUCUCCUGUGCCCAGUGAUGUUCAAUGCUAUCGGCGAGAAGACCCUUUACGUUUUCGCAGCCAGCAAUGUCAUUGCCAUUCCCAUGGUGUGGGCUCUAUACCCGGAGAGCAACCAGCGCACGCUGGAGGAUAUGGAUCUCCUCUUUGCAGCCGACACGCCCUGGACUUGGGAUGCGGAGAAGAAGUUUGCGCGUCUCAAGGCGGAGAACCCUGGGAUGGUGCAGAGUCUUGGAAACACGGGCAGUCUGGUGGAUCCGGAGACUGGAAAGACUCUUUCUAUUAGUGCUGUUGCGGCUUCUAAGGCUGGUGAUAGUGCCGUAGCUGCGGAGCACGUAGAUCGCGCUUAG